CCCCAAACAGGAUCACUUUUUCCACCAAAGAAGUACCGAAUCAGGACUUUUCGAGUGGGUCUGACCGCACAUCCCGGAGGUUUUUUAAUAAGAUCGAUUUCGCUUGCUAUACCCCAGGUUCCUUUCUUUUCCGGGGUGAGCAGCUACAGUAGAUGGCGAAAAGCAUAUUCCUUCCGAUUCCAAUGUAUCGAGAUUGGAGACACAACUCGAUACUACUCCCAAGAUCUUGGUAUCUACUUUACAGAAUGGUCUCGAAGGGACAACUAACGACGGGAUUCAAGUAUAAAGAGUCUGCUGUGGGCGCACGAAUUUACAACAGCAGCAGCAGCACACUCACUCGUCUUUGCUUCCCACAGAACCACAAUCGCUUCAACGAAAAUGAAGGCUUCUAUUCUGGCUAUCGGCGCCAUUGCGCAGCUCGCUUCGGCUCACUACUUCUUCGACACCAACUUGGUCAACGGAGCCCAGCAACCGUACUUCAAGUACGUUCGUGACUUGACCAGGCCCACCAAGUACAACCCGAUCAAGUUCUCGUCCAACCCAUCUUCCGAUAUCAGGGACAACAGCUUCAUCGACCGUGGUGAUGAUGCCCGCUGCAACCAGGGUGCAUUCAACUCUGCCGGCAAGACCGAAGUCCUAACCGUCAACGCCGGCGAUGAAAUCCGCCUCAAGCUCGCCGUAGGCGCCAAGAUGGAACACCCCGGCCCAUCCUUCGUGUACCUCUCCAAAGCUCCCGGCAGCGUCAAGUCCUACGACGGCUCCGGCGACUGGUUCAAGAUCUUCCAAGAGGGCGUGUGCGGCGGCGGUGACUUCACCUCCAACGCAUGGUGCUCCUGGGGCCGAGACUGGAUCGCCGCAAAGGUGCCCAAGGAUACCCCCAACGGCGAGUACCUCGCGCGCUUCGAGCACAUUGGCGUCCACCGCUCGCACGUCAACCAGCCAGAGCACUACGUCGGGUGCCUGCAGAUCAAGGUCCAGAACGGCGGCAGCGGAUCGCCUGGUCCCAUGGCCAAGUUCCCCGGCGCGUACAAAUCCACCGACCAGUAUGCCAACUUCAACAUCUACAAUGGUGCUAAGACUUUCCCCUUCCCGGGUCCCGCGGUUUGGGCUGGUGGAAACACUGGCGGAGGCGACAACGGUGGAGGAAACACUGGUGGUGGAAACAACGGCGGUGGAAACGCUGGAUGCGCUGCUUUGUACGGCCAGUGCGGUGGAAAGGAUUUCACGGGUGCUAAGUGCUGUGCUCAGGGCAGUUGCAAGGCUACCAACGAGUACUACUCUCAGUGCACUUAG